UACGACUUCAAUCACCAUUAAUAGUGUAACUACUAUAAAGUAACAUUUAUCGCAAAAAAAUCAUAAUUAAACUGCUGAAAGAAAGAUCACUGCUGUUUUAAACUAUGUGUCUGGUGGAAGACAUCGUGGCAACCACCUUAUGACAAUGGGUAGGCGAAGUGACACUCGUGGCCAGUGGAUGGAACCGCUUUGCCCAGUAGCAAACACCAGAUGACGCUCUUGGCUUGUUGUCUCGCCCCUUUUGCCCAAGCCCCUAGAUAGUCCCCUCACCAUGAAGUUGUCGGAUACGUUUUCUCUUCAUCCAUCUCCAACCGCCUGGGGAUCAAGCCAAUUUAUGACUGGCUAACAUUUGCACGUGAUUCUAUUUAAGCAUUCCAUAUUUGGGCAGUGCACGUCGAAUCAAGAAAAAAAGAAAAUGAUUUCCCCACCUAUAAAUCCACGUAUUUUUAAGGACAAAAUCCCUCCAACUUUCAAAAGAGACACAAAUCAAAAGGAAUAAACAGUCAAACCAACAAGAGCAGGUGUGUGGCAUACUUUACCCCCACUUUUCUACUCCUGUUGCAGCGUGAAUUGCAGUAGCUAUAUUGCCUGAUCCUUUUUUUAGAUAAAAUGAGUUCUUAUGUUGCGAACUCAUUUUAUAAGCAACCGCAUGACUCUUACAGCAUGCACACCUUUGGCAACUAUGGUUCACUCUCCGAGCUCCAGCAGAGCAGUUAUUGCCACGGAGGUCUGGAUCUCAGCGGAAACAUCGCUGAUCAGGCUUCCUGUAACUCCCCGAAACGGGAGGAGAUGAGUGCAAGCCUCUGCGUCCGGACCAGCACGCCACCCGAGCCCCUUUCGCUGAAGCAUAGGGUUGAAGGAGCUAUGGAAGUGACCGCGAAGCCCAGCGGCAAAAACCGAGGGAACGAGAUCAGAGACGAAAAUGUAGGAAAUCAACAAAAUUGUUCGAUCCAGAAUUUGAAUUCGAAGCAGCCACAGAUAUAUCCCUGGAUGACCAAGCUACACAUGAGUCACGAAUCCGAGGGUAAACGGUCACGAACCAGUUACACCCGCUACCAGACUCUGGAGUUGGAGAAAGAAUUCCAUUUCAACCGGUACCUCACUCGGCGCAGGCGUGUCGAGAUCGCCAAUAGCCUGUGCCUGAACGAGAGGCAAAUAAAAAUUUGGUUCCAAAACAGACGCAUGAAGUGGAAGAAGGAUGCAAAACUGAAAGUGAAGGAAUCGCUAUGAAGUCUUGUGUUAGGCCUGCUACUUCUCGUGUUGCUUAGAUCAAGGAAACCCAAUUACACAUAAACAUAUAGGCCUAUGUUUCAAAAUGUUAAAA